AUGGCAGCAAGAUUCCUGCGCUGGCGAAAUAUCUUUUGUUGCAUGGCCAUUGCGACGGUGCUGGCGACAUCUGUGCACUUCAGGUAUGCCGGCGCAGGCAUCCGGGAGCUUCUGGUGACGAACGUGACGAGCCACAUCGAAUUUGUGAGGCCCCGCAGGGUCGCUGUGAUCAUCCCCUUUCGUGAUCGCGAGGCGCACCUGGCUGCGUUUAAGACACAUUGGCACCAAUUUUCGGCGGAGGCGAAGCACAUCAGCUGGGUUGUCGUCGUGGCCGAGCAGUUCGAGUCUGAGCCUUGGAAUCGUGGUUUCAGCUUCAACGCUGGCCUCGUCGCUGUAGUGACCAACUUCUCAAACAAUAUCUCAGCCUACCAGAACCUCGCCGACGAGCGGUCCGGUUUUGACUGUAUUGUGAGUCACGACAUUGAUUACGUCCCGGAUCCUGGCGUGGACUACGCAUCUUGUGAGGUUCCUACGCAGCUGAGCUCGGAGAUCGAUCGUUACAGGUGGAUGUCGCCUUCGAUCAACAACACUGGGGGCGUCAUCAGCAUGAAACUGAAGCACUGGCGUAAGAUCAACGGGUUUUCAAACAACUUCCGGGGAUGGGGUGGAGAGGACGAUGAGCUGUUUCAUCGCAUAAGGCUGUCGGAGCUCCUGUAUGGAGACUGCCACCCCCAUUGCGAAGAUGUGGCGAUCAGCAAGUUGGAGCCCCAUAAGCGGUUCAGAGUCGGCAUGUCCAUCAAGAAGCCUCCGCCUGGGCAUGGGAGGUUUCGCGGCCAGCACCUUCACAGCGCAAACCACACGAGGCGGAUCGUUGACUUCCGGAACUACCUUCGGAACCGCGAUCUGGUCAUCGAGACUGAAAAUGGGCAGCGCUGGGACAAGGAAGGCCUCAACAGCAUCCCACCGUUCCACAUCGUGGAGGCUCAGGCGGACCAGGACGGGAAGAACGUCAGGUACAUCCGUCUGAGGCUUCGGCGGGGCCGGCAGCUUGCCGUUCGCGACGUGCCAGUUGCAAUCCCACCGGGGUUCUGCGGCAACGGCAGCAACGGCAGCACGGGUGUCCCGCAGCACUGGGUGCUGCACAGCUUGGGCUCCAAUAGCCAGUUCGAACAUUUUCCCUGGGAUCUUCGAUCCCUUCGUGCGCGAGUGGCGCGACUCGCAACUGCAGAUUCGGAUUGGCAUGAGUCUGCGGACUGCCCGGAGGCUGCGAGGGCCAGCUUCCUUCUGCUCGACCGCCGGUUCCACUUUGCCAAGUUAUUUAAUGAGGAGGUGCCGCACCUGCUUGUGAAAUUUCUUCGAUCGCUGAGCUCGGCGAGUGAUGGUUUGGUCAUCGCCGACCCACGCCCAGCGACGGAGAUUAGGAGCACGUUUAAGGACCUCGCAGCCACCACGAUGAUCCCAUCGCUUUGGACCGUGUGCUACAAGAAGAAAACGGAAGAGGUUGUCAUUGAGUCCGUGGGUCUGGGCCUGGGCAAGGAGGCCUGUGGCGACCCGUGGUUUCCGAAGAUGUCGAAGCAUGGCAUGAUGAGGUUCCGGAGCAACCCAGAGCUCCGCGAAGGAGAGGUGGCCAUGACCUCCUGUGAGAACUCCAAGACCCGAAACUAUCUGCUGGUGGCGGGCACCAGCUGUCCUUUGAGUGGUGGUGACUCGAAGUGGGAGGUACAUGACACCUUGUUCGUGGCAAACGGCUCCGAUUUCUGUGCCGGCCACAAGAGGACCGGGAAGAAGCCCUCAAUCGUAAAGGAGGGCUCCUAUUCCCGCAUUCUGAACAGGCCCAACUGCUCUGGAGAUGGGUUCGUUCAUGACGUCCAGUUUGGUUCGGUGGCUCCUCCCGAGUAUGGUCUGAUGCUGGAUUCCGGCGCACCCCCAAGCCCUCAAGAGCUAGCUGAGUCCACCUUGGACAAGAAGGCGCCGCCCUUGUACAAGCUAGUGACGGAGGACGACCGAUGCGAUGGCUUCUUCUGCCCUCAUGUGCUGGACUUGAGCAUUUUCAAUGAAAGCUUCGCGGCCGCGAUACUGGCUUGGCCGCGGCUACUUGACGCGCAUGUUUAUCGCCCUCCGGGAGUCGGGUCCUCGGACAUGUUCGUCAUGCUCAUGUGUGUGGGAUGCCUGGGCGGAGAGGCCAACAUGGCCUGGCGCAUGGAGCGGGCAAGUGAGCCGCGCCGCCGCGAGGUGGAAGACAUCGCGGAUGCCCGCGUCAGCAUGGCGAGGAUCAACAUCAUCAGGCUGGCCCUUGCCUUCACAGUCUCUGUGAAGCUCCACACGAGGAUUGCUUACGACGGCCUCAUCCGCGGCCAAAUCUCAGGAGAGCAGAAGCGCCUGAUUGACUGGGAUCGGCUGCGAAUCCGCGGUUUGGUCUCGAGACAGGAGUUUGAGGAACUCAAUGACUUGAUUCCCAUCCAGCGCGAGAAGCACGUCCCGAGCUAA